AUGGUAAACCUAUUGUUUGUAGGUGCACUUGUAUUGACCCUUUUUGGUUCAAGUGUUGAAGGGUUGGGUGUGAAUUGGGGUACCAAAUCUUCACACCAACUACCACCCGAGACAGUGGUUCAAAUGUUGAAAGACAAUGGACUUAAGAAGGUCAAACUGUUCGAUGCCGAUCCAUAUGUCUUAAAUGCGUUAGCCGACACCGAUAUUGAGGUCAUGGUGGGCGUCAAGAAUUCUGAACUCGAAGCAGUGUCCCAAAAGAACAAUGCCAAAAAAUGGGUCGAUGACAACGUUGCCAAAUACGUGGAAAACAAAGUCAGGAUAACGAGUGUGGCCGUUGGUAACGAGCCAUUUCUAGUAGACUAUAAGGAUAAGUAUAUCAACUCGACACUGCCGGCGCUCAUGAGUAUCCAAAAGGCUCUUGAUGAUGCCAAACUCGGAGACAGGAUCAAGGCAUCGGUUCCUUUCAACGGGGAUAUUUACAUGUCUCCGCCAUGGAGACCGCUACCGUCCGCUGGACUUUUCCGUCCUGAAGUUUCCGACGAGGUCGAAGAUAUAGCCGAUUUUCUCGCAAAGAAUAACGCUCCGUUUAUCAUCAACAUCUUCCCAUUUUUUAGCCUCGUAAUGGGGGAUAGUGGGUUCCCUGUGGAUUACGCGUUUUUUGAUGGCGCCGAUGGCAUCCAGGACGGGAACAUUGAAUACACAAAUGUGUUUGAUGCAAGUUUUGACACUUGUGUAUCGGCUUUGAAACAGAUUGGUCAUGCAAACAUGACCAUUGUUAUCGGGGAGAUAGGUUGGCCCACUGAUGGAAAUAAGUGGGCCAACAGCUCCCUUGCUUCAAAGUUUUAUAACGGUUUCUUGCCUCGAGUUACAAAUAAUAAGGGGACACCUUUGUACCCCGGUUAUAUUGAAGUUUACCUUUUUGGGCUUGUUGACGAGGAUGCGAAAAACAUAGCUCCCGGAAAUUUCGAACGACAUUGGGGUAUCUUUGACUACGCUGGUCAACCGAAAUUCAACACAAGCUUAGAUGCAAAAGACAAGAACAAGAAAUUAGUAGGAGCCAAAAAUGUCACUUUUCAAUCUAAGAAGUGGUGUAUUUUGAGGUCAGAUGUGCCUCAUGACAAACAAAAACUCAAUGAGACUAUGGACUACGCAUGUGAACAUGCCGAUUGUAGCGCAUUUGCCGAUGGUGGAUCAUGUAGCGGCCUUGGUGAGUGCGAAAUGGCGUCUUAUGCUUUUAACUCGUUUUUUCAAAUGUCAAACCAAUCGAAAGAAAGUUGCGAUUUUGAUGGGUUAGCAACACAAGUCGACCAAGACCCAUCGAAAGAUCAAUGCAAGUUCAACAUCCAAAUCAAGCCGAAUGGACAUGAACACAUAGACUCAGAUUCACCAGCGCCAUCACCAUUUUCGUUUUCAUCAUCACAUUUAACGGGUGUUCCGUCUAUAGCUUUGAUUGGCUUGGCACUCUUGGUCAUGACUUCACUGUUUUUCUUUUAG